CUAAUUUUAAAGCCUUCCAACUUGUAUCAUAUGUAGUUCUUUAGGAAACUUAUUAUAAAAUAUUCUCGAUCAAUCAAGGGUUCUAACAUUGAAAGGAUAAGUUAAAGAUCUCAAUUUAAAGUUUUAAACCAUAAAAUUAUCAUUUGAAAUUAUUAUAUUAUUAACAAGUUUGAGGCUUGAUGAAUACUUCAGGUUUAAGCAGGUGAUGAAACCAUACCGUAACUGUAAUAAAGAUUAACGACUACUAAUUUAUUAAAUGAUACUUUUGAACAUGAUUAUAUUUUGGUAUAUGCUAACUUAUCAAAAAUGGCUUUCUUCAAUAAUUAUUCUUUUAAUAGUGAAAGGCCUUUUCCUAUAUUUUUCUAACCCCUACGCACAUAUUCAGGUAAAUCAUAUAAAUAUUAAGCUAUGUAUAAUAAAUAUAUUUUUUUUCACAUGAGAUUUAUUGAACUAGGAAAAAUAAACAGUUUAUAAAACAUAUGAUUCCAAACUUUUUUUUUUCCUAUCCAUUUUAUUUUAUAUUGAUAUAAGUUAUCUUCAAAAUACAGAAAAGUUUAAUAUUGUUAUUUCCAGAAAAGAAGAAAAUUAUUAUGGAUUGCUAUUUAGCAGCUUGGUGAUGACAUGAGGAUAAAGAAGCUUAAUAAAAUUGAUGGUGCACUAAAAAGCUUAUUCGAAAAUCAUAAGAUGUGUAUUACAUUGAUGAUUACAUCCUUAGCAACAACGCUCUUUGCAGUAAGGAAAGAGAAAAAAAAGUCGAGAAAGAGUUCAGAAAUAAAGAAGCCUCAUUCCUUUGUUGAUGUUCAGAUGAUUACCUUAAAUAACAAGGUUAAAAGAAAAAACAUCAACAAUAACGAUAUCAGCAAGACAACCCUUAACAAGCAGCUCUUAAAGACUUGUUGAUAAUGUGAUUGCGAUGUAACUUUAAUGUUGAAAAGAAAUGAGUUAAGUGAAACGUCAAAUCGAAUAAAACUUAAAGUGUGUUGUAAACCAAUAUAACGACUAAAUAAAGAAGAUCUGAUUGA